CUGAAGACCCAUUUCCAAUAACUAAAACCUAUAUGAUUGGUUUUCCUGAAGGACAUGAAUCUUAUGGUAAAUCCAAGGAGUCUUUACAAGUGAACUUUGAUACUAGUGAUGCAGGUAUAGAUCAAGCUACCCACUCAAUUGGUCCGGAUGAUAAAGAAAAAGAUGGAAAUUGUGAUGGGAGUGGAGAGUCUGGAAACCGCAGCAGAAAGGGACCCAUAGAAGAAAACUUAUACAAAGAUGAUGAUGCCAGUGAUUUUGGGAAGAUUUUUGCUGGUAUACCUGAAGUUAGUGUUUUUUAUUGGAAUGUCAAUUUGAUUGCAGCUUGUGUCCGGUUUGGUGACAAAAAAAGUGGCCGUCAAAUGUUUGAUAACAUCCUUUGCUCAAAUGUGAUUUCAUGGGAUGCCAUACUCUCUGACUAUUUCCAGAAUGAAGACCACAUGGAGGUAAAGCAUAUAUUUCAUAAUAUGCAAGGAUUGGAUGUCUAUUGGAACGCUACGAUAGCAGGUCUUUUAGUCAAUUCUCAAGAUAAGGAAGCUUUCACGUACUCUAAGAAAGUGAGGCAACAUGAGAUGCUUCCCACGCAAUUCUCUUAUGCUCCUAUACUGAGUUGUUGCUCCAAGCUAGCUUCUUCAUUUCAAGAGAGACAGAGCACUGCUUCACUGACAUUAAUGAAAAUUUUACUUGCUAAAGUGUUUGAAAUGGAAACUGAUGGUGGGUUCGCAAACAAUUUGGAGAAGAUGUGUUUGUUUAUUGCUCGUAGGUUUGAGAUAAUGGAAGGAAAUGCACCAAUAUCUUGGAAGGAUAUGGAAACCAAUUUGUUUGCUCUUAGUGUGGUCGUUGAGGUACACCUACAGGAAAGCCAAAUCUUGGAUUUUUCGGUCAUUAUGCAGUUGGUGAUGAUUUUGUCCACUAGGCCUUUGGAUGAACUGAAGGGCAUCAUGUGUAUUAAUGUGCAUAGUUCUCUUGGAGACAUUGAUGACUCCUAUUCUAAGUGCAUCUCUGUUUUUCAAACAAUUGCUAGACCCUUACUGUUAUUUCUUGCUGCUACCUUGCUUCUAAAUAAUGUGGAACGAGAUGAGAAUUUAAUUGCAGCUCUUGCGUCAUCUCUUGGGAAAGAUUGUAGUGGUUGCAUUAAAAUUGGUGAGCUUGAUCAGUCUUGCAAGAACAUUUAUCUAUGUCAUGAGCAAUUCAAAGCAUUGGUAAGGUCAAACUUGUACAUCUGCAAAUGGUUUGGGUUAUCAGUGAUAUGCGUACAGGGGCUUACAUUGUUAUUGGCCAUAAUACUCAAAGCUAUUGGGCUAUGUCAUUAUUAUGAUGGUGAUGAUGAUUAUAUUCUUGAGAGGUUUUCACUUCUGAAUUACUCGCCUCAUGGUGUCUUUAGCAUCACUACUGAUGGGUCCAAAAAUGAUGCUUGGCAUGUACUGAUGAUCAUUUUUGGGGAUUAUUUGUGGACUAUGUCUGAUCAACCUAAAGACAAUAUUCUUAUUGGAGAUAUUGAACUACCUAGAGUACUUGCAAUUUUUAUCAGUGCAUUGGUCCUAGGUGGAACUAAUGAUCAAUUAUUCUGGUAUUACAAGUCAAAGAUCAUGAAGUAUCUCAAGGAAUUGGCUAAAGUCUUUGACAUUAAGAGUCAAUUGGAGACUCUGGUGGAUUAUCAAGUGCGGCCACCACAAAAGAAAAUAUGCUCCAGCUUUAUGGUUGACUUUAUUCUACUGCCCUUUACAUCAUCUUUUUGUAGCUUACACUUGCAGUUGGAUGCUAAACGGGUUAAGACUUCACAGCAUAGUCCUACCUUGUAUCGCAUUGCAGAAAUACGUGUGAAGAAUCUCAAGGUUCUGGCGAUUGAGAAGUACUUGAGGGAUGCAAUUGAGUCAUGGUUAGAUGGAAUUCUUGGUGAAAAUGGUUCUUAUGAGAUUAAAUGGGGUGGCAAUUUUACUAAACAAGGAUCAUUGGAUUAUGGUGCAGACUUCGGGUUUGGACUUUACAUUGAUCACCAUUAUUACUUGGGUUACUUUCUGUAUGGCAUUUCAGUGCUUGCUAAGAUUGAACUGGAAUGGGGGAUGAGGUAUAAGCCUCAAGUUGAUUCACUUGCUGCAGAUUCCAUGAACUUAGACAAGAGGACAGGUUUCCAUUAUUCACUGGGCAGAUUAUUUCUUAAACUUGAGGUCAAGUUUCAAUUGAAGAGGGGUGGUGUUGUUAGGACCCAAUUCUAUGAUCUCCAAGUCCAAGUGUGUAUCGAGGCCCAUAAUAGCUCUUUUGGCUGUGAAAGCCCAUAGUAGGUCCAAUUAUGUAAAACGACGUCGUCGAUGCUGACUAUAUAGCUGGAGUCCAGCUGCAUUGUAGAAGGAAUCUGAGAAUUGAAUUGAAUUUGGCUUUUGUUUUUCUA